UGGAGGUGGGAAUAGCCGUGUGGAGCUGCUGGUGUUCGGCUAUGCCUGCAAGCUGUUUCGAGAUGAUGAGAAGGCUCAGUACCAGGAGCAGGGGCGACACCUUAUUCCUUGGAUGGGAGACCCCAAGAUCAUGAUCGAUAGCCAAAUGGCUAGGGGCCGAGCCUAGCCAUGAUUUUACCUCCAAUGGACGCAAGUUUCUAUGGUGAAGAUAUCUCCUGAGAGUUCGGGACUAGCAGAAAGAAGCGAGGAAAUUUCGACCGUUUGGUUCUUACGGAUAGGUAUUUAUGUAUUCGGGUUUGUGUGAAUGUAAGCUAUUUGACUUUCCAGAAAAACGUAUUUUGCAAGUGACAUUGAUUGGUUGGUUGAAGCACGUACGGUAAGAGCUGUUAAGGAAAUGGAUCCCACUUAAACUAUUAAAGGAUACCUUUGCCUUUAAUUGUAAUAAUUUAUUAGUUUCUUUGAGAGGAAUUUAGACUAUUAAACAAAUUUUCGAUAGUUGGUGACAAAUGAUUAGCAAAAUUAAACGUAACUUCUAAAAGGAAAUAUGCUUUAACGUAUAAGUAUUUUUUUUUUUCAUUUUUAAUGGGUAAGUAUUUAAGUAGUCGCAUAAACCCAAGCCCUAAGUUUUUUGCAUUGACCAGCUGUUUCAUCUUGCAGGUACGAUGGGCGUGGUCACCUACAUGACCUUUCUGAAUAUGAUGCUGAGUAUUCCACGUGGAACAGAGAUUAUCAGUUGUCUGAAGAGGAAGCUAGAAUAGAAGCCCUCUGUGAUGAAGAGAGAGGAGGAAUAUAAAAGGCUGAGUGAAGCUUUGGCAGAGGAUGGUACCUAUAAUGCAGUGGGAUUCCGUUAUGGCAGUGAUUAUUAUGACCCUUCAGAACCCACUGAGGAGGAGGAGCAUCAGCCUGCAAAACAAAGAGAAGCAGCUCAAACAGAAAAUGUAGAAGAAAAUGAAGAACCUUUUGUUGCCCCUCCGGGACUGAAUGUACCUUCUGAUGUGGAACUGCCACCAACCGCAAAAAUGCAUGCGAUUAUAGAACGAACUGCAAACUUUGUCUGCAAGCAGGGAGCACAAUUUGAGAUUAUGCUAAAAGCCAAGCAAGCACGCAACUCCCAGUUUGACUUCUUACGAUUUGAUCACUACCUCAAUCCCUACUACAAAUUCAUUCAGAAGGCUAUGAAAGAGGGACGAUACGCUGCUCCUUCUGAAAAUAAAGCGGACGAGAAAAAACACUCGAGAGUCAAAUCUGAGGAAGAAGAUGAUGACGAUGAUGAUGAUGAUGGAAAUUAUCUGCAUCCGAGUCUCUUUGCAUCUAAAAAGUGCAGUAGGCUUGAAGAGCUCAUGAAGCCUUUAAAGGUGGUAGACCCUGAUCAUCCACUUGCAGCACUGGUGCGCAAAGCGCAAUCAGAUAAUAACUCGUCUACACCACAGUCAACAGAUGGGGCAGCUGUACAGACAUCACAAGCAGAAUAUUCUUCUGAUUCAACUGUGGCAGCCAUGUAUUAUAGUUACUAUAUGCUACCUGAUGGAACCUAUUGCCUCGCGCCUCCACCUCCAGGAAUAGAUGUUGCCACCUACUACAACGCGUUGCCUGCAGGGGUGACUGUAUCAAGCACUACAGGAGUAGCAACAGUACCUCCACCCCCCGGUACUACACCUCCACCUCCCCCAGAAACAACCGAUAGCAGCAGUGGGUUGACUUCUACCACAACAUCUACAAGCACAAUUGCUCCAGUGGUUGCCAUUAUACCUCCACCCCCAGAUAUUCAACCUGUUAUUGAUAAACUAGCUGAGUAUGUUGCUAGGAAUGGGAUAAAAUUUGAAACCAGUGUUCGUGCCAAGAAUGAUCUCAGAUUUGAGUUCCUGCAACCGUGGCACCAGUAUAAUGCUUAUUAUGAAUUUAAAAAACAGUUCUUCCUUCAAAAAGAGAGCAGUGAUAACUGUCAGGGAGUAUCUUCAUCUGAAGAUGUUCCAGCAGAUACUGCCGGUGAUACACCAAGUGAGACUCAAUUUACAGAUGAACAUGCACCUGAAGAUGCAUCUGAGCCAAGUGCUAAGGGAGUUCCAGGAAAUAAAAAGGAUGUUCCUCCUUCUAAAACUGUCAGUGAUGGUAAAUUGGUAAAAGCAUCAUUUGCUCCAAUAAGCUUUGCAAUCAAGGCCAAAGAAAAUGACCUUCUUCCUUUGGAGAAAAACCGUGUUAAAUUAGAUGAUGACAGUGAUGAGGAGGAAGAAGAGGGCAAGGAAGGCCAAGAGAAUGCUAAUAGUGCUUCAAACCAUGCUCCAGCUGUUACUGCUCCUUGUACUGCUGCUGAAGAGAAAAAACCUCAACUUACACAGGAGGAGUUGGAAGCUAAACAAGCAAAGCAGAAACUAGAGGAUAGAUUAGCAGCUGCAGCAAGAGAGAAGCUUGCACAGGCCUCCAAAGAAUCAAAAGAAAAGCAGCUACAAGCAGAGCGCAAAAGGAAAGCUGCACUGUUCUUGCAGACCCUGAAAAACCCUCUGGCAGAGGCAGAAACUGAGAAAAUUGAAGAGAAUUCCUUCAAUAAUGAGAGUGUCAAUAGUAUACCGUGUCCUGUGACUGCAGUCAGAACUUUACCCACCUUAGAAGUUAAACAAGCAGAAAGGCCUUCAAGCAAAAGCAAAGAUCCUCCUAGGGAUGAAGAAAAAGAAAAGAAAAGAAAAAAACACAAGAAAAGAUCUCGGACAAGAUCUCGAUCACCAUUCAAGUAUCAUUCAUCAUCUAAGUCCAGAUCUAGAUCACAUUCAAAAGCAAAGCACUCACUUCCCACUGCCUAUAGAACUGUCAGGCAUUCAAGACUCACAGCAUCCACAGGGACACUGAGCAUGGAGCCGAGUCUGAGCAGCUCAUCAAUGGCAGCAGCAACAGAGCGGGAAAAUUAUCAGGCAACUUCGACAACGAAAAGAUUUGACUGCUGGAGCUCUUUUGAGGGAAAUCCUGGUAAAAUGUCAAGGUCACGAUCAAGGUCACCUAGGAGAAGGGCUCACACACCAGAAAGACGGAGAGAUGAAAGAAGUGUUCCAACAGCUUAUCGCAUUAGUAAUAGUCCUGGAAAUAGUCGGAAACGCCCACGUUCCAAAAGUCCCCAUGAAAAGAAGAAGAAGAGGCGGUCUAGAUCACGUACCAAGUCCAAAGCUAGGUCUCCUUCACCAUCCAUGUCACCAGGCAAACCAUCCACACACAAAAAUUCUGUACAUUCAACUAGUGUCUCUCCUGUGGAGAGCAGGGAAUCCAGCCAGGAACGCUCCAGGGGAGUUUCUCAGGAAAAAGAUGGCCAAAUCUCUUCAGCAAUUGUGUCUUCAGUGCAGAGUAAAAUCACUCAGGAUCUUAUGGCCAAAGUGAGAGCAAUGCUUGCAGCUUCCAAAAACAUACAAACUAGUGCCUCCUGAGACCUGUUGAACUGACCAUCAAGAAAUUGUGUGAAAAAGAACAAUAUAAAAAAAACUGCCUCAUCUCAAAUGUACAGCUGAGCUUAGCUCACUUGGUUCACAACUCGCCUAAUAUUACCAGAACUCAAGGAGCUAAAACCUAUCUUUCUGUACAGAAGCGUCUCCUUGAAAUUUCAUUAAACUUUUUCAGCCAGAAUAUCUUUGGAAAGUUUUUGGUUUUUGUAAAUUGAUUUUUUGACUAAUUCUUCAGUAACAUUUUAUGAUCUGCAGUCUAUAUGUGUAUAUUUGUAAAUACCAUGUUUCUGUGAAAGAAGUAUUACACAAUAAUAAAGAAGGAAACAUCUUUCAUUA